AGCAUGGUACAGACGGCUAUUUCCGGCACAAUCAUACUGUACCAGAGACAGAGCCCCAUAACCCCGCCAGAAUUUAUACCAUACUACAUAGGCAGGGGAAUGUUCGGUAUGGGUGGUGUCACGUGCUUAUACUACGGCUUUGCUGUGCUGCCAAUAGCUGAUGCCACUGCGCUGUACUACACGCUGCCCAUCCCCACGGCCAUUUUCGCAUGGGUCUUUCUUGGCGAAUCCUACGGUGGUGUUGAAGUACUAGCUGCGAUGACUGGACUUCUGGGCGUAUUUUGUAUCACGAGACCGCCGUUCCUCUGGCCCUUCCCAAGCCCAUCGCACCACGAUCCGACACUAGACGUGCUGCCUGAGGAUCACUCGCCCGCAGAGGUUAACUUGGGCUACGUAGCGUGUUUGUGUGGCGCAUUGCUGACAUCUAUGGCGUUCAUUACCAUAAGACGCGUGGGUAAGCGUACUACAGCAUGGGUGCUUACAUUCUGGCAUGGGGUGUCUGGUGUCGGUGUGUGUGGCGUGUUAAUGGUGGUCUUACAGCAGCUGAAGAUGCCUGAUUCUUGGGAACACUUGGCAUUGCUAGCGAGCGUGGGAGUGUUCGCGUUGCUUGUGCAGGUGCUGGUCAACAAGGGCUUACAGCUCGAAGCUGCAGGCCCGGGUGCGCUGAUGACGAACCUACAACUAGUUUGGGCCUAUCUGCUGCAGGUCACAUUCCAGCACAAACCGAUCAUUGGCUGGUGCGUUUUCGGGGCUGUGCUGAUAGUCAGUGCGACAGCUGGCACCUUUUUGUACAACUCGUACCGGGACAAGCACGUUCAAUCAGAUAGAUCCGCGUUGAAACGGACUAAGUCGGCUGAAAUGUCUGUGCUCUCGAUAGAAGCACCCCAACAGGGAGAUGACGAAUAUCAACAAAUAUAGUUUAAAUAAAGUAACUAUGAUAAUGUUUACGGUAUCCGAC